GCUGGCUGGCGGCUUGGCCGGCUGGGGCACUCGCUGCGCGGCGUCGCUGUGUCCGCCCGCCCGCCCGGCCAGAUGCGGGUCCCAGGCUGGAGCCCGGCCGCGCUGCUCCUCGCCGCCUGCCUCUGGCGGCUGCCGCCGGGCCGGGGCGCUGCAGGAACAGAAGAGGUGAUCGUCGGGGAGGCCGGAAAGAGCGUUGUCCUCGUGUGCCGAAAUGUGUCCGAGCGAGCGGACGAGGUGGACUGGUUUCACGGGGACCCUGGUGCUGUGCCCCCACUCUUCUCCUCCAACGCCACGCUGCCCGAAGACGCCCGCUUGUCCCUGGUGGACAAUAGCUCUCUGCACAUCUCAGCGCUGCGCCCGCAGGACGGGGGCAAUUACACCUGCAAGGAAGUGCUGAACAAGACAGUCCGAGAGCACAGAGUCCAGCUCCUGGUAGCCAGUGGCCCCAGCAAUGUGAUUGUCAGCAUCUCCCCCGCCGCACCACUGCCCAAUGGCACAGUGUAUGUAGACAAACGCAACACUGUGAUGUUCAGCUGCACCAGCAACUCCCAUCCGGAGCCCACAAUGGGGUGGACUUUCCAGCCGCCCAGUUCGGCCCCAGAAACGUUUACUGAAGUCAAUGGCACCUCCACCGUCUACACCCUGCAAAAUCUCUCCUUGCGCUUCCAGGGGAACUACUCAUGCACAGCAAGGAACCCUCUCAGUGGCAGAAGUCAAACAUCAACCAAGGAGCUCCUGGUCUACUAUUCCCCGCCGUCGGUCCCAAGGUGUUGGGCUCAGACUGCCCAAGUGGGGUUGAUGCUGCAGUUGUUUUGUAACUGGCCCGGGGGAUACCCGCACCCCGUCCUUCAGUGGACAGAAGAGGGGCGAGACCUGGAGAAUUCGAGCUGGGUCGUUAAUGCAACCGGCACCGGGGACACCCACGUGGAAACGCUGAGCAGUUCUCGCCUCCUCCACGGGAAGGAGUUCAAGUGUGUCGGGAGCCACAUCCUAAAGCAAGGGAAAGCGGAGACGACCUGCACUGUGCAGAUAAAGGCCCCUUCGCUGGCGACGGAGCCGCUGAAGACCUGCUUUGUGGGUGGCACCGUGUCCCUCACGUGCCAGGUGAUGGAGAGCAACCCCCCUGCGAGAAUCAGCUGGCUUCGGAAUGUCUCCCAGCCAGAGGUGGAGAUCCAGCCUGGUGGGAGGUACCUGGUCACCCAAGAGGGCAGCGUCUCCAAUCUCACCAUUCAGAACUGCUCCCACGACGCUGACGAAGGCUACUACGUCUGCAAAGCUGAGAACCCCGCGGGGCUGAAGGAAGCCUACGUGUCACUCACUGUGAAGAAGCCGGUGAAUAUAGUCGGGGUGGUGGGAGCAGUCGUGGUCCUGCUGCUGCUGGGAGUUCUGGUCAUCUCCGGAAUCAUUUUGUACUACAACCCCCUCCUGUGCCUGAAAGGCAGCAUAUUCAGGAAUCAAGACUCAGAUGAUGUAUUCGUGCUGGUGGAUUCAGAUGGAGAAGGGGAGGAGGAGGAGAGGGAGGAAGAAGAGGCGACUGGCAACUCCAAUGUACAUCAAGUGACGGCCCUGGUGAACGGGAACAGCACCCAGGCUGGCUAUGGCUACCAUUUUACUGAGAGUGACAGCAGUGAGCUGCACAGUGAGCUCUCAACAGAGGAAGUGGAGAGAGAAGAGAGGCUAACUACGCAGAGGCAAAUUUUCCCUUUUCUUGCUGAAAUGGAUGGAACUGUGGGUGGAAGUUAAACUUCAAAUGCAUCAUUGAUACGUGGCUGCACCUAGGCUGUUCAAAUUCCUGCAGUGGGAUCCGUCUGAUCUGGUUCUUAGUUUCUUUCUUCCCUCGCCACAGCCCUGUUUUUCAUUCUUUGGUUUUGUUCAUUCAUUCUUCUCUCACGAUUCUUUUCUUCUCUUUCUUUUUGGCUAUUUCUUCCCUUCGCCCAAGUUUUCCUUUUGUCUCAGGUUUUCUUGUUAAUAAGAGGAAGUUCAGAGGCAGAGACAGUUCAAGAGGCAUGUGCCUCUGCUUCAAAAGAUCUUGUCCCGUGGGUAUCCUCUUCAUCGCUAAGCCUGCCGCCGACUGUGUCCAGGACCCAUGGGGAGUUAACAGGAGGGCAGUUCUGGAUCACGAAAAAGGCUAAAGGCAAUCCCAGCAAUAUACUUGUCCGUACAAGACGCAGCAAAAACUGGGGGGAGGGUUGCAGGAGUUUGCUUCAUAACUGCUAGAAUGUGCAUGGUCUGUUUUUUAUGAAGAUGUUCCGGUGCUGGAAGGGAAGGUCAGGAUGUACUGUGCGCUGCGUGGCUUUCGCAGGGCCAGCUGGCCUAUUCUGCACUGAGGAAGUGAGAAGAGCUCCUUGAAGCUUUGCAUGUGAUUUCGAUCCAGAGACCCGACUCCGCUUUAAAAGCAUCAUCCAAGUACAGGGUACUCCUACUGCCAGCUCUGCCUAGUGGGGAGGAAGAAGGAUGUUCUUGUGGUUAAGAUGCAGGAUCUGGGUUCUGCUUCUUCUGCCACAGACUUCCUGCGGGGCAAGUCUCACAGGCCUGAGUUUUCAAAAGUGGCCACUGAUUUUGAUGCCUCCAUUUUGGGCUUUCCAACUUUAGAUGAUUGUCAGGCAAGGCAGAACCCUAACUUGCCUACGUGCCAUGUGCCUUCCACUUCAGCAGUGCGACUGCCUGGAGGGGAGCAAUAUGCUCAGAGUGGUCUAUGCCAGGGGUGGCCAAAAUUACCGAUCCUCUGAGCUGCAUACAAUAAUCUUCAGACAUUCGAGAGCCUGGCGCACCUGCUCGGGGCAGAAGCCCACUGGGCAGAAGCCCACAGCCUCACCACCUGCUGCAGGGCAGAAGCCCUGAGCUCCUCCAUCCCCCCACAGUCUGGUAGGUGGAGAACAGGGGGACGUGGGGGACUCUGAGAGUUGCACUUGAACUGUAAAAGAGCCGCAUGUGGCUUGCGAGCAGCAGUUUGGCCACCCCAAUCUCAGAGUCACACAGGAACGUAACCCACAAGAAUGCUCAGAGCAGUGUGAGCUGACCCAGCCCAGGAUGGAAGGGCGCUAUGGGGCGGAUUGCUCGCUCAUCAAGGGCUGGAGCCCAGCCUCCGCAAACCCUUACCCCAUAAAUGCAGCUAGUAUUUAUUCCCUAUCUGAUAGCCAGUUGUGUGCUGCCCUUGCCGCAGCUUCAAAGAGCAGCUCUCUCUCGAUUUUCCUGUAAAACAGAAUGUUCCUAGCGGUAUGUGGAUGUGAUUUUUGUUUAUGGAAUAAAAUUAUUUUUCUGACAAA